UCGCGCCAGCAGCUCUGAGCAGCGUACGGUGGCAGUGCAGCCCGUGGGGGCUUUCCCCGGGCGCGGUUGGGCACGAGGCAGUGUCACAACGGGCAGCUGCAGUGCUGGUUCUCGCCCCAAGGAUGUGGUCGCUCGUGCCAUUGUGGCUGGCACUGUCUGGAGCGGUGGCCUCUCCGCGGUGCCCCGAUGGGCGGCUGUGCCAGGGGCUUGACGUCUGCUGCCGGGAUCCCGGAGGGGCUGGCUACGCCUGCUGCCCCCCAUCUCUGGGCUCCCCGCCCUCCCUGCCUAUGACCCAGGCCAGCAGCGUGGCCAAGCCUGCCGGGAGCGUGUGCCCCGAUGGGACCCAGUGCCCCGCGGAAUACAGCUGCCUUCGCGUGUUGGCCGGCUCCUUCAGCUGCUGCCCAUUGUCGGAGGCCGUCGCCUGCGCCGACGGGCAUCACUGCUGCCCCCGGGGCUCCCACUGCAGUGCCGACGGCAAAUCCUGCUUUGUGCUCCCAGGUCUCCCAGCCGCUGGUGCUGUCCAGUGCCCUGAUGGCGAAUCAGAGUGUCCCAAUGAGUCCACCUGCUGCAUGAUGCCCACUGGCUCCUGGGGGUGCUGCCCCAUGCCACAGGCCGCCUGCUGCGCGGACAAAGUGCACUGCUGCCCCCAUGCCACCACCUGCGACCUGGAACGUGCCCGCUGCCUCUCAGCUGCUGGGGAGCAGCCCCUGGGCAGCAAGGUGCCGGCCCAGAAGCGAGUGCCGUGGCAGGGAAUGCCAGUCUCGCUCAGCGCGAUCACCUGCCCUGACCACCGGUCAGUGUGUCCGGACGGCACCACAUGCUGCCAGCUGUCCGCCAACCAGUACGGCUGCUGCCCACUGCAGAACGCUGUGUGCUGCAGCGAUCACCUGCACUGCUGCCCCCAGGGCACCACCUGCGACCUGCCCCACUCGCAAUGUGCCUCGACACUGGGCCAGACGCAACUUCUCACCCGGCUCCUGGACACUGCCGAGAGAGCUCAAGAGGUUCGCUGCGACGAGCAGACCAGCUGUCCUGACGGCAACACCUGCUGCCGGCUGUCCACGGGGGCCUGGGCCUGCUGCCCCCUGCUGGAGGCCGUGUGCUGCCAGGACCACGUCCAUUGCUGCCCCAAGGGAUACACGUGCGACGUGGCGGGGGGCCACUGCCAGCCACCCCCCGCCCCCAUCCCCUGGCUGGAGAAAACCCCAGCACGAGUGCUAGCGCCCUCUACUGGCCGAGACGUGCAGUGCGACGAGCAGACCAGCUGUCCUGACGGCAACACCUGCUGCCGGCUGUCCACGGGGGCCUGGGGCUGCUGCCCCCUGGUGGAGGCCGUGUGCUGCCAGGACCAUGCCCAUUGCUGCCCCAAGGGACACACGUGUGACCCGUCGGGCCACUGCCAGCCGCCCGCUGCCCCCAUCCCCUGGCUGGAGAAAAUCCCAGCACGAGUGCGAGCGCCCUCUACUGGCCGAGACGUGCAGUGCGACGAGCAGACCAGCUGUCCUGAUGGCAACACCUGCUGCCGGCUGUCCACGGGGGCCUGGGGCUGCUGCCCCCUGGUGGAGGCCGUGUGCUGCCAGGACCACAUCCAUUGCUGCCCCAAGGGACACACGUGCGACCCGGCGGGAGGCCGCUGCCAGCCGCCCCCUGCCCCCAUCCCCUGGCUGGAGAAAACCCCAGCACGAGUGCGAGCGCCCUCUACUGGCCAAGACGUGCAGUGCGACGAGCAGACCAGCUGUCCUGACGGCAACACCUGCUGCCGGCUGUCCACGGGGGCCUGGGGCUGCUGCCCCCUGGUGGAGGCCGUGUGCUGCCAGGACCACGUCCAUUGCUGCCCCAAGGGACACACGUGUGACCCGGCGGGGAAGUGCCAGCAGGCCCUGCUCUCUGUGCCCUGGGCACCCAAGACUCCAGCUCACAUUAUUGUCGCCGCCCAGAGCCGAGGCGUGAAGUGCAACCAGACGGUCAGCUGCGAGGAUGGGCAGACCUGCUGCAAGAGCGGGAUGGGCUCCUGGGCCUGCUGCCAUCUGCCAAAUGCUGUGUGCUGUGAGGAUCACCAGCACUGCUGCCCAUCAGGCUACACCUGCAACCUGGCCACACAGAGCUGUGAAAAGCACCAGGCCGGGCGAGUGCAGCCCGUGGACCUGAGCCUCUCUGCCUCCCUGCUGCCGGCCAGCCCAGAGCCCAGCAACGACGUGACCUGCGACGCCCAGCACUACUGCCAUGCCCACCAGACCUGCUGCAAGGCUGCCUCGGGCACCUGGGCUUGCUGCCCCUACCACUGGGGCUCCUGCUGCUCUGACAUGCGCCACUGCUGCCCCUUCGGCUACCGCUGCUCCAAGUCGGGCCUCGACUGCAAGCGGCGCUGGCUCCUGCGUUGGGACGCCGGUGCCCCCCGGCCCCACCCCCUGCUGUGAGGUGCCCGUGGGGGCCGACCCAGCGCUGAGGGGUGGCUGUGCCCAUACUGAGGGGGCAGUGGGGAUUGCUCUGACCCCUCAGUCUCUGUCUCACUUCCAGCCUCGGGGCCCUUUUCUCUGGCUGCCCCAAGGCAUGCAGGCCCUAUUUGCUGCAGGACCUGUCCCACCCAGCCCCCCUGUAGCUAAGCACGUGGGGCUGAGCCCCCCCUUUGCCGUGAGAGUUUAACCCUGGAUGCAGCAGUGUGGGCGCACGCAUCCCAGUGCUUCGUUCUCUGCUCCCCUUGCUGCAGCUACCCCCAAAGGUCCUGUGGGCACCAGGAGUGGCCCUUUCCUGCUGGAGGCCUGAAGGUUAAGGAUCCCCCCCCCCCCCACUCUAGGCUCUUCUCCUUUGGCCGCGGCCUUGAAGAUGGCCUGGGCCAGGCCAGGCCCUGCUUCCCUACCACCUGGGCGCCAGGGAAGCUGGGCUGCUUUGCUUUUUACACUCCUGGGGCCAUCUGCAUCUCCCUCCAUUUCUCCUGGGCCCUCACGCCCCUCCCUGCGUCCUGCAUGUGAAAGCCAGGGCCGGGCAGGCUGCGGGGCGGGGGUAGGGCACUGCCGCAGCUGGCUCCUGGCGCCCUCCUACCUCAGUCCCUGAAUGUGCAUUGCCCUGAGCUCAUGCCUGCAUUGUCUGCUGGGCACUAUGCGGGAGCAUGUCCUUAUUCUAGCCCCUCCUGGCAGGGGUCUUGGAAAUGCCCAGCCCCUGCCCCCUUCCAGCUGCCCCCAGGGCUGGACUGGCACCAGGUCCUCUGGUCACCAGCUCCCUUGCCUCUAAGCGUGCCCCACCUGUGGCUGGAGCCUGGGCCAGGAAGGGGGGGGGCUGGUGCCAUUAGGGCUGAAGUGGCUGGAAGAGCGUGAGAACCAAUAAAGGGUGUGGAGGAAGGUG